AUGGUUUUGUUUAAUAAGAAUAGCGAGAAUUUCUGCACAGAGAAGAAAAAUGUACGGAGAAACAGGGUCUCCCUGACGACAUCCACGCUGGACAAGAAACUGCUCAGAAAGAAAACCGCUUUAAAGCAUAGAAGCUUUAAAAUAGUUAUAGUGACCGGCAGAGGUACACUGUUCGUUGGAUUGCUUGGGUUCUUAAACCCUUCAAACAGAACAUUCGAUGGAACUUGUUGUGGCGGGAAAAACUCUACCCUCUGUUACUCUGACUGUCGUCUGCUUUUUGACAUCACUGUAAUCGGCCUCGAGCAAAAUGAAACAAAGAGUCCUUUAGACACACCAGUCUCUGGAACAAGAGUUAUUUCAAUACCACCUUCAAACGAAAUGAAGAAUCCUCUGUCAUUUUCUUUCCAAAAAUGGCCUGGGGAAGUAGAAAUUGUUGUCAAUAUAUACGACAUGGAAAGAAAAAACAGAAGUUUGGUGGAUAUAUUUAACUUCACAUUUAAAUAUGGAAAACCAGAAUUGAAUUACAAGAAUGAGACUAUAUAUGGGAUUAGACCACAAAACGAGACACUAUUACGAUUAAUACUGCGAUACAACUGUGACAUUUUCUACUUUGAAAAAGAAGAUUGCAGUCGAUUCUGUCUUCUUGGCAAUUAUCCAUGUUUAACUAGUCAAACAGGAACUACCAAUCGUGUAACAGACUAUGUUCUUUCACUUUCUACCGCCAAGCCAAGUAACGGAAGACUAUGUCCAACGAUUCACCCUGUUUCAGGAAUAACACAGCAAUCACAUACAAACGAAUCUGCUGAAAAUUGUACAAAUAAUUUCAACGAGAAAUCCACAUCGAACACAGUGGACACUACAUCUUCAACGGAAGAUCCUAUUACAAUUUCUGAUAUGAAAACAUCAGCAGGAAUCAAUCUAUUUACUACUGCUUCAGAAACUAUAGAUUUGCUGUCUACAGAAAUAAGUACAGAUAAAGUGACUGUAUCCUCCACAGAAAGUGCAUUUAUGUCAUCACUUGCAAGUCAAUGGAAGUCAAGGGAGGAAACAACCACCGAAACUUUGGUUUCCUCCUCAUUUAAACCAGAAGCACAAAUAAGUGUUACAUCAAGUCGAAAGACGACAAAAAGUAACCCUCCAACAAAUAGAGUAGCGGUCAUAACCACUUCAACAAAACCAACUACCUUGAAACCAGCAACUCAACAGAGUACAGUAUCUAUUCUAAAAAUCAUCGAGAAACAUCCUCUAACAAAAGUCACAGUGGAUACACCAACAACAGAUCCACCCUUAUCUUCAUCAACAAACUCCUUCGAAUUCUCUAAAUCAUCAACCCAUCAAGUAUCACCGAAUAUUCCAGAUGGUGGUCCAAAAACCAUUGAUGAUGACGUCAUGCAUUACUGGCCAGCCAUUGUUGGGGGCGUUUUAGGGAUCCUUGCUGUAAUAGCAGUGCUUGGAGUCUUUGUAUACGUAAGGAAAUUAAGAGCUCAACAAAAAAAGAGAGAAGAUAUCUAUAAUGUUAAUCCACAAACAUGGAUACUAGAAACAAAUGAAAAUGGAACUUCUGGUAUGUCCGAAAUAGCUCUAGAAACGGAAGAAGUAUGA